AUGAGUGUUUGGCGGCGUUUGCAACGAGUUGGGAAGAAAGCGGCCAAGUUCCAGUUUACUACCUCGUUGCAGGAGCUGACCAUUGAGUGCAAUCGACAAUAUCGGCCGGGAACGUUUGUAAUUGUCUGGUCUCGUCGAAGUCGUCGUUACACUUCCAAGGUUGGCAAUGUGACUACCAGUCGACUGUCAGGACCGUCGGUCAGAAGGCGCGUGUUGGCUACACGUCAAAUUGAUCUGUCGGAAUUCGCGGCCAAUAUACCUACACAAACCAGUCUCAAGGUUGUGAUGCGAUUAGCCUCCAAGAAAUUAGCUUCCGCCUCACUUCUGCUCACCCUUCACUCAGUCAUCAUGAAGGAGGGUGAGGCGACGUAA